ACACUCAGACCGACUUACCAGGUGUCAUGUCUGGACGAGGCAAGCAGGGUGGCAAAGCUCGUGCCAAGGCUAAGACCCGCUCAUCUCGGGCGGGGCUGCAGUUCCCAGUGGGCCGUGUGCACCGCCUGCUCCGCAAGGGAAACUACUCCGAACGGGUCGGGGCUGGUGCCCCGGUGUACCUAGCGGCGGUGCUGGAGUACCUGACUGCUGAGAUACUGGAGCUGGCAGGCAACGCUGCACGCGACAACAAGAAGACGCGCAUCAUCCCGCGCCACUUGCAGCUGGCCAUCCGCAACGACGAAGAACUGAAUAAGCUUUUGGGUAAAGUCACCAUCGCGCAGGGUGGCGUCUUGCCCAACAUCCAGGCAGUGCUACUGCCUAAGAAGACUGAGAGUCAUCAUAAAGCCAAGGGCAAGUAGAGGCCUGAAUAACACUUGCUUGCCCCCUGGAAAAAAUUUGCCCUAUAAAAACCAGAGCUACAGACAACUCGAGGCUGCUCUCCAAAACCUCAUGUUGAGACACUGAGGCAGU